AUGGAUCCAUCAUCAACACUCCGCCGAAACGACGUAGCUUCCUUCGACCACGAAACUUCAUCAGGAUAUUUGCGCUCUUCAUCUUCCGAUGAGGACGUUUCGCCCUCCAGCUCCAUGCAAUCUACCAACCGCCGACUCGACUACAUGCUCCAGUUCCUCGACCGCAAGCUCUCCGCCGAACAUCGCCAGUCCUCCGGCUCACGCGUCGCGCCGCUGCCGGAGUUCGUUGCGAAGGGAGGCGGCGCCGGCAUCUUCCGCCUUCCCGCGCGCGGGGCGGUGAACCCUGCGCGGCCGCCAAGCCUCAAACUGCGGCCGCACCCGCUGCGGGAGACGCAGAUUGGGCGUUUCCUGAGGAGCAUUGUUUCCACCGAGUCGCAGCUGUGGGCGGCUUCCGAGUGCGGCGUGAGGUUCUGGAACUUCAAGGAUCUGUACGCGUCGUGGUGCGGUGUUGGAGAAGAAGGCGCAGUUGCGAGGAUCGGCGACGAGGAGAGUGCGCCGUUUCGGGAAUCGGUGUGGAGUUCGCCGACGCUGUGCUUGGUUGCGGAUGAGGGAAACAGGUUGGUGUGGAGUGGACACAGGGAUGGGAAGAUUAGGUGCUGGAAGAUGGAUGAUCAGAGUUUGGAGGAUAACAAUAACUGCGAUUGGAGCAAUCGGUUUAAGGAGAACUUGUCUUGGCAGGCUCACCGUGGCCCUGUUCUUUCCCUUACCUUCACCUCUUAUGGGGAUCUGUGGUCGGGUUCAGAAGGAGGAGGUAUAAAAAUAUGGCCUUGGGAGGCAGUUGAAAAAUCUAUUCAUCUGACAAAGGAGGAAAGGCACAGCGCUGUUAUAUUUGUGGAGAGGUCCUAUGUUGACUUACGGAGCCAACUAUCUACAAAUGGCUUAAGUAACAUGCUGACUUCAGAUGUAAAGUACUUAGUAUCUGAUAAUUCGAGAGCAAAGGUGUGGAGUGCUGGUUAUUUUUCAUUCGCUUUGUGGGAUGCUCGUACAAGAGAGCUACUGAAAGUUUUCAAUUCAGAUGGACAAAUUGAAAAUCGGUCAGAUUUGUCUUCAAUUCAAGAUUUUUCAGUGGAGCUUGUUUCAAGGAAAGACAAAAAUCAAAGUUCCAUUGGGUUCUUUCAGCGUUCACGUAAUGCCAUAAUGGGGGCUGCUGAUGCUGUUCGUCGAGUUGCAGCAAAGGGAGGCUUUGGGGAUGAUAAUCGGCGAACUGAAGCACUAGUGGUAACAAUAGAUGGAAUGAUUUGGACAGGGUGUACAAGUGGCUUACUGGUGCAAUGGGAUGGGAAUGGCAAUCGCAUACAAGAAUUUCUUUACCAUUCAUCUGCCGUUCAGUGUUUUUCUACUUUUGGCAUGCAAAUUUGGGUAGGUUAUGUGUCUGGAACUGUCCAGGUAUUGGACAUUAAGGGUAAUUUGAUUGGGGGAUGGGUGGCUCAUGGCAGUCCAAUUGUAAAAAUGACAAUUGGUGCUGGUUUUAUAUUUGCAUUGGCUAACCACGGUGGUAUACGAGGAUGGAACAUCACCUCUCCUGGGCCUGUUGAUAGCAUAUUGCGUUCAGAAUUGGCUGGCAAAGAAUUUUUGUAUACUAAAAUAGAAAAUAUGAAAAUAUUGAGUGGCACUUGGAAUGUUGGGCAAGGAAAAGCAUCUCAAGAUUCCCUUACUUCAUGGCUAGGUUCUGUUGCCUCAGAUGUCAGUCUUGUUGUUGUUGGGUUGCAAGAGGUUGAAAUGGGUGCUGGAUUUCUUGCAAUGUCUGCAGCUAAAGAAACUGUAGGAUUGGAGGGAAGUUCUGUUGGGCAGUGGUGGUUGGAUAUGAUAGACAAAACAUUAGAUGAAGGUUCAACAUUUGAACGGAUUGGAUCCAGACAACUUGCUGGCUUGGUCAUUGCUGUGUGGGUUAAAACCAACAUUAGAUUUCAUGUUGGGGAUGUUGAUGUGGCAGCAGUUCCAUGCGGCUUUGGACGUGCUAUUGGCAAUAAGGGAGCUGUUGGUUUGAGGAUUAGAGUGUAUGAUCGGAUAAUUUGUUUUGUUAAUUGUCACUUCGCUGCACAUUUAGAUGCAGUUGGUCGUCGCAAUGCAGAUUUUGAUCAUGUAUACCGAACAAUGACUUUCAGUCGGCCAACAAACCUCUUAAAUACUACAGCUGCUGGCACAUCAUCUUCCGUUCCGAUGUUUCGUGGUACAAAUUCCACAGAAGGGAUGCCCGAGUUAUCUGAGGCAGACAUGGUUGUGUUUCUUGGUGAUUUUAAUUAUCGACUUGAUGACAUUUCAUACGAUGAAGCAAGAGAUUUUGUUUCUCAAAGAUGUUUUGACUGGCUUAGAGAAAGGGAUCAACUUCGUGCUGAAAUGGAAGCUGGGAAUGUCUUCCAAGGAAUGCGGGAAGCAAUUAUAACAUUUCCUCCCACAUACAAGUUUGAGCGACACCAAGCUGGCUUGGCAGGGUACGAUUCUGGUGAAAAGAAACGCAUCCCUGCCUGGUGUGACAGAAUUCUGUAUCGUGAUAGCUGCACAUCUUUGGUGGCUGAAUGCAGUUUAGCGUGUCCCAUUCUUGCCUCAGUAUUACAAUUAAAACACCCUGCCAGAAGGAAUAUGCAGUCUCUGAUCCCUGUAUCUGAAAGGGGACUUCUUUAUUCUGAGGCAUGCGGAGGAAUGGAAAUAUUAUAUUUCUGGAGAGCCUUAAGGCUAAUUGAAGGACAGAUGGCCUUUCCUAGCCCUGUUCGCCUGCUAUUAGGCCAUCUCACCUUCAAUAGGUAUGAAGCUUGCAUGGAUGUCACCGAUAGUGACCACAAGCCUGUCCGCUGCAUAUUUUCUACUGAUAUUGCUCGAGUAGACGAAUCAAUCCGGAGACAGGAGUUUGGAGAGAUUAUUGAAUCAAAUGAGAAAAUUAAAUUUCUUCUAAAAGAAUUAUGCAAGAUUCCUGAAACUAUCAUUAGUACAAACAACAUAAUUCUUCAAAACCAGGACACAUUAAUUUUGCGUAUUACGAAUAAAUGUGCAGAAGGCAAUGCUUUGUUUGAAAUUAUUUGUGAAGGUCAGUCUACUGUUACAGAGGAUCAGAAGGCUACUGACUAUCAGUUGAGGGGUUCAUUUGGUUUCCCAAGGUGGCUUGAGGUGAGUCCUGCAACUGGUAUAAUAAAACCAGAUCAAAUUGUUGAAGUAUCAGUGCAUCAUGAGGAAUUUCAGACUCUAGAGGAGUUUGUUGAUGGUGUUGUACAAAAUUCUUGGUGUGAAGACUCCAGAGACAAGGAAGCUAUUUUGGUUGUUAAGGUGCAUGGGAAUUACACUAUUCAGCCAAGGAAACAUCGAGUCCGUGUUCACCAUUGUUAUUCAUCCAAGAAAAAACCUAUGCUUGACUCUCAACCAGGCGGCUCCAGGAAUAUCCAAGGAACUGUGCUACACCGAUCUGAUUUCCAACCAUUCAGCACUUCUUAUGAUGUUGUUGACCAGCUACAGAAAUUGCAUGGCCCUUAA